GCUAGAUUUGGCGGUUUUUAGUUCGGGCGGAAGACACCGGAGUCAGUUAGUUAGUCAGGCCGGCUCCGAGACCUGGAAUAAAGGGUCUACACUGGACACACUGCAGUUGCUGAACUCGCGUCGGGUUCUUGAUAUUUGUGGUUUUCUGCCCUUGAGGCUGGGGUGGCGGGCUGAAGGGGCAACGGGCGAGCUCUCUCCGCGCUGGUGACCAUGGCGCAGCAGACCCUCCGUGAGGAGUUGGAUGAGCUCUCACAGGAUUUGGAUUAUGAUGUUCCAGACGGCAAAGAUGGAAGUAAACUGUACAAAGUCAAAUGGACUUCAGAAGAGGAUGAAAGGUUGAAGAAGCUGAUAAAGCAAUUUGGCAAAAAUGACUGGAAACUUAUAGCAAGUAAUUUCUCUAACCGAACAGAUACUCAGUGCCAACGUAGGUGGCUGAAGGUUCUGAAUCCAGAGCUUGUGAAAGGUCCAUGGACAAAGGAAGAAGACCAGAAGGUAAUUGAAUUAGUUCAGAAAUAUGGGCCAAAACGUUGGUCUUUGAUUGCUAGGCAUCUAAAAGGUAGACUUGGCAAGCAGUGCCGUGAGCGCUGGCAUAAUCACCUCAAUCCUGAGGUUAAGAAAUCAUCUUGGACAGAAGAGGAAGACAAGGUUAUUUAUGAAGCACACAAAGUCCUUGGCAACCGAUGGGCAGAGAUUGCAAAGCUACUUCCAGGAAGGACCGACAAUGCUGUAAAAAAUCAUUGGAACUCUACAAUGAAGAGGAAGGUGGAGAUGGAAGGCUAUUUGCAAGACGGUAACCAGGAUAUGCCGAUGUUCUUACUUACUCAUUCGGAAGAUGGUGAACUCCAGGUUUACAGAGCCACAGUGACAGAGCCAUCUUUAAAACAAGAACCUGUCACUGUGGAAACUAUUUCACAACCAACUUCUGUUACAUUAAAACAGGAGGACAGUUUAGCCACUUGGCCGGGCAGUCUUCUUACGGAUAACUCCUUACAUUGUGAUCAUGGACCCUCAGCUACUUCUGAAACACAGCAGGAACAGUCCACUUCAGAUCAAUCCCAGGAAGUUACCCACUCCAAAGAAGAGGAUUCUAGUAGUACAUUUGUGAUUGUGGAAUGUGAGGGAAUAUUUUCAACACAGGAGAUCCCUGAAUUCUCUGAACCUCUGGAGUUAAUCAAAUGUGAACCAGAUGCGUGGUCUGACCUAUCUUGCUUCGAUUUACCGGAAGAUAUUGUCAAACAAGAGCCAGUAGAGACCUCGCAGCAGACUUUGACUGAAUAUCGCAUUGAUGCAAAUACCAUCUCUGACCUGAGCAAAAGUGCAAAGAAGGGUGAACUCAUCCCCAUGAUCACCUCGCCAGUUGCAGGAAGCUUCAGCACUCCUCCAACAAUCCUGCGGCGCAAGAGGAAAACAAAAAUCACACUAUCACCCGUUACUGAAAGCAAUUCUAAUAAUAGUUUUACAAUUAUUGAAAGCAGCACCAGCAGUAGCAUGACUCCAAAAAGUACCCCAGUGAAGACUUUGCCUUUCUCGCCAUCGCAGUUUUUGAACUUCUGGACUAAACAAGACAAUCUUGAUAUAGAGAAUCCAUCUCUUACCUCUACGCCAGUGUGUAGCCAGAAAAUAAUCGUUACCGCUCCACUUCAACGAGACUACACACCCAAAGUUCAGAAGGAGAACUCUGUAUUUCGAACACCCAGAAGUCACAGAUCUCUUUUGGACAGCACACCAAGAACACCCACACCAUUCAAAAAUGGACUGGACAAAUGUGGAGUUGCAAAGCCUCAACAUCCAGUGCCUCAGUUUGAAGAAGAUCUAAAAGAGAGUUUGAAGAGCAUUUUGCAGGAAGAUGAAACCCAUUUAGUAAAAAGAAAGGAGCAUGGGCUACAUAGGCCGCUUAUGAAGAAAGUACGAAAGUCACUUGCUUUGGACAUUUUGGAAAAGGAUGGGUGCAAUGCAAGUCAGGCUACAUCAAAUACCAUCAACAUGCACACACAGAAGCAAACAGAAGACUCCUUGUCAAGAUCUUUAAACAACUCUUCAAGUAAAAAGGAUGAUACUCUGGACAGAGGUUUUAUAAUACCCAAUAAGGAGGCUAGUUUUUCUUUGAAACAAUACAACCUAGAAACUCCAAAAUGGAUGAGUAGUACUUGGGAAGCAGUAGUCUGUGGAAGAACAAAGGAUCAGCUAAUAAUGACUGAGAAAGCCAGGAAGUAUUUAAAUGCCUUCAAAUCUACACACACCUCCAGGACUUUGAUUUUAUAAUGCUAUACAGGAUACUCUAAUGGGCUAUCUAUUCUAGUCAAAAGGAUUAUCUGGUGGAAUGCUUGCAAACAAAAUGUUUUAAGUACGUCCAUAAAACGUGAAGUUCCAGUAUUGGUUUAUGUCAUUACUGUAAAGGAAGAGAUUAUUCCAUUGACUGAUUUUGUAAAACAACUAUUUCAUAUUAGUAUUUCAUAACUUCCAGAGUUUAAGAGUAUUAUUUGUGAUUGUACUGUAUUGUGUUUCCAACAGAAGAAUCUUGCAUUAACACAUUAACUUCAAACUCUCCUCUUCACCAGAAAAUAUCAAUACUGAACAAUCGCUGGGCAGGAUAAUUUGUACAUUGUGUUAUGACUGUGAUGUGUUCUUUAAUGAUGAUAUCAUGCACCUGUGUUUCCAAGGUGUAUUGUCUUGACUGCUCAGAAGGUUUUAUCAUCUAAACAGAGACAUAAAAAUGCUGAACAUCUCUCCAAUAGUAAUGUGAAUUGAGAAAUUACCCCUUAGUAAAAUUUCUCAUUUUAGAACUCUUUGCCAGGAGAUGUGCAUUUCUUUUCAAUAGCUAAUUUUUUUCCCAGUACACACGUUAAAGCAUAGUAGUUUUUUGCUCAUUAGCUGGCAGCUGAAUUCUAAAUAUUUUCCAAAAUUAAUUGACAAUUUGCAAAGUAUAGCUGUUUUUCUGUCCCUGACAUACCCUUCCAGGUUUGUUAAAAGUAACGAAUUUUCAAAUUACAAGGUGUAGAUAUUUGUGAACUUAAAUUUGUUGUUUUUUAAAUGUUAAUAAAACAGUUGUUCUGUAAAAAAAAAAUUUCUGAAAGAUACUGUUCCAGGAACCAUUCCAGAAUUAACUUUGUGUUAUAGUGUAUGAUUUUAUAAAUAAGAAAUUAAUGCAGAGCAGUGGCCAUUAAAAUCUGUUCAGUAUCCAUGCAGACUUUUCCCCACAUUAAAUGACGUCAUGAAUAUACCAACGUCCAAAUAGAAGUUAAGAGUCCACUUGUUUUAAUUUUCCUUUUUUUUGUAGUAGCCAUGCAGCGCCUGUUGUUGUAUAUAAAAAAAACUUGCGCUGUGCUCUCCAGCUCAUCUGUGAUGGUGUUUGUGUUACAUUUGAUGAAGGUGGAGGGGAACUAUAUUCCAUUCUGCUUCUUGAGUUUUUUAGCCACUUGGAACAUGGCUAUUUUUUUUUACUUGAUUGACAUCAUAACUUUGAAAUAAUUGCCCUAAUUGUUUAGAUUUGAAUAGUUGAAGAAUAAAACAUAGAAAACCUACAUCACAAUACAGGCCUUUCGGCCUACAAUACUGUGCCGAACAUGUACUUACUUUAGAAAUUACCUAGGGUUACCCAUAGCCCUCUAUUUUUCUAAGCUCCAUGUACCUAUCCAGGAGUCUCUUAAAAGACCUUAUCGUAUCCACCUCCAUCACCAUCGCCGGCAGCCCAUUCCACGCACUCACCACUCUCUGCCUAAAAACUUACCCCUGACAUCUCCUCUGUACCUACUUCCAAGCACCUUAAGACUGUGUCCUCUCGUGUUAGCCAUUUCAGCCCAGGGAAAAAACCUCUGACUAUCCACACGAUCAAUUCCUCUCAUCAUCUUAUACACUUCUAUCAGGUCACCUCUCAUCCUCUGUUACUCCAAGGAGAAAAGGCCGAGUUCACUCAACCUAUUCUCAUAAGGCUCGCUCUCCAAUCCAGGCAACAUCCUCGUAAAUCUCCUCUGCACCCUUUCUAUAGUUUCCACAUUUUUCCUGUAGUGAGGUGACCAAAACUGAGCACGGUACUCCCAAGUGGGGUCUGACCAGGAUCCUAUAUAGCUGCAACAUUACCUCUCGGCUCUUAAACUCAAUCCCACAGUUGAUGAAAGCCAAUGCACCGUUUGCCUUCUUAACCACAGAAGCCAACCUGCAUAGCAACUUUGAGUGUCCUGUGGACUCAGACCCUAAGAUCCCUGUGAUCCUCCACACUGCCAAGAGUCUUACCAUUAAUACUAUAUUCUGCCAUCAUAUUUGAACCACCUCACACUUAUCUGGGUUGAACUCCAUCUGCCACUUCUGAGCCCAGUUUUGUAUCCUAUUGAUGUCCUGCUGUAACCUCUGACAGUCCUCCACACUAUCCACAACAUCCCCAACCUUUGUAUCAUCAGCAAAUUUACUACCCCAUCCCUCCACUUGCUCAUCCUGAUCAUUUAUAAAAAUCACG